UUGUACUAUCGUCGUUUAUCCCUCUUCCGGCUGGCACGAGAUUCUUUAAGGGUAGAUAGAUAGAUCACUUGGGUGAAGUUACCAUUCCAACGAUGGCGUCCAAGGCGCUCAUCCCAUUCCUGGUGGGCAUGAUGCUGCUCACCGGAGUCGUGAACACGCUCUUAACCAAGUAUCAAGAUAACCAAUGCGUCCGCGAUUGCGAUAGUUCCGAACCCAAGGAUCGAAAGACGUUCAUGCAGCCCGUCCUGCAGACGGCACAGAUGUUUGCGGGAGAGUCGGCGUGCUGGAUUGUCAUCGGCCUCAUGUCCCUCUACGAACGGUACACGAGCAGAAAGGAUCCCAAGGCAAAUGGAUACCAGUCGGUUGCCAACGGCGAUGCAGACGAUAACGAUGAUGCCGCCAGUAUCAACUCGGAAGCUCCUCUUACUGGCGGUGCACCGGCCAAGCGUACCUCUGGGCCCGAUGGCCUUCUUAGGGGUUACGGAAUUCUCCUGUUGGCGCUACCUGCUAUUUGCGAUAUCCUCGGCACGACGCUCGUUAACGCUGGUCUUUUCAUGGUCGCUGCUUCCAUCUACCAAAUGACACGGGGCGCGCUCGUGUUGUUCGUCGGUCUGUUCAGUAUCGUCUUCUUACACCGCAAGUUGCACCUGUUUCAGUGGGUAUCCUUGGUCGGUGUUGUAAUCGGCGUUGCCCUUGUCGGACUUGCAGGUGUCAUCUGGCCCGAUUCCAAGGCCGAAGCCACCGAUGUUUUGCUUCAAGCCGUUGAUGAUGCGACCUCUACCGAGGGACUUCUCGCUGCCCUCGGCGUAACUCUGAUCGCUGGUGCUCAGAUCUUCACUGCCUCUCAGUUCGUCCUCGAGGAGUUCCUAUUGGAGCGUUCCAACAUCGCGCCUCUUGAGGUCGUGGGCUGGGAGGGCUUGUUUGGUCUUGCUGCUACCUUGAUCAUCAUGCUGGUUAUGCAUCUCGUUGUCGGAAGAACUGAUGCUGGUCGCUACGGCAUGUUUGACAUGGUCGAGGGUUUCAGACAAAUGUUUGAUUACCGAUCCAUCUGGGUAUCCAGUCUCCUCAUCAUGGUUUCUAUCGGCGGGUUCAACUUCUUUGGUCUUUCCGUCACUCGCAGCGUCAGCGCUACGGCCCGCUCAACUAUCGAUAGCUGCCGGACCUUGUUCAUCUGGAUGGUCUCCCUCGGCCUCGGAUGGGAGUCCUUCAAGUGGCUGCAAGUUGCCGGUUUUGCGCUCCUAGUCUACUUCACCUUCUUGUUUAACGGCGUCGUCCAGCCACCGUUCGAGUUCCUCCGCCCCACAGAAGAGGUUGAGGAGUUGCUCCCCGAGGAGCCUAUCGAGCAUAACUAGAAUUUGUCCUUGGGCUAGUACUUCCUAGAAAUAUCUAGGGGCAUUGCCGACUUGAUUUAUUAUAGCACACAAGUCCUGAUACUUGACAUUGUGACAGAUUCGGUUGUUUUUCAUGCAAAUGGUAUAUCGCAACUGCAUUGGAUGGCGUUUGUUGGUGUUCAUAUCGUUGUCAUU